UGCAUUUGAUUGUCAGUCUAUCGUUGACCGACUACCAUUGCGAACGUGUUCAGAAAAAUGCCUACGCUUGCACCGAAAGUGAAACUGAACAAUGGCUGCGAAAUGCCUGUUCUAGGUCUAGGAACGUGGCUGUCCCGUGAAGGCGAAGCAGUAGGCGCUGUCAAAGCAGCCAUCGAUGCUGGCUACCGCCAUAUUGACACCGCCUACUUGUAUCGCAACGAGAAAGAAGUUGGUCAAGCGAUUCGCGAAAAAAUCGCAGAAGGCGUCAUCAAGCGAGAGGAUAUGUUCGUCACCACUAAGCUGUGGAACGGAUUCCACGAUCCGAAGCAUGUCGAAGAAACCUUUAACCGCUCACUAGCCAAUCUGGACAUUGGUUACAUAGAUUUGUAUUUGAUGCAUACUCCUAUGAGCUACGAGUUCGUUGCAUGGGAACCGGAGGAUCCAGAUGCACCGAGCGUACCUAAGUUUACAGAAAUCGAUUACAUUGACACUUGGCGUGCUAUGGAGAAACUUCUGGAAACUGGAAAAGUCAAGAGCAUCGGGGUAUCGAACUUCAACAGCGAACAAGUUGCACGCAUUGUGAAGGAGUGCAAAGUGAAACCGGUUACUAAUCAGGUUGAGUGUAACCCAGGUCUCAAUCAACGGAAGUUGACCGAGUUCUGCAAGAAUCUGGGUGUCACGUUGACUGCGUACAGCCCUCUUGGACGUCCAAACUACUACGAAAAGGACCCGGAGAAUACUCCGAAACCGGCGUUGGAUGACCCUCGUGUUUUGGAGAUCGGCAAAAAAUACAACAAAACUCCAGGACAGGUCAUUUUGCGUUAUCUGGUUGACAUCGGCACGAUUCCGGUGCCAAAAUCCGCUAAUCCGGAACGACUCCGUCAAAACAUUGACAUUUUUGACUUCAAAUUGACGGACGACGAGAUUAAAAUCAUGGAUGGCUUCAACACUGGCAAGCGUACUGUUCCGUUCGCUCUCUGCGCCAGCCACAAGUACUACCCAUUCAGUAUCGAAUAUUAAAUAAAUGUAGACCAUUCAAGUGUUAGAUUAAAA